GAGAGAGGAGAAGAUUUGAAGAUGGAGGAUUUCCUGUGGAGAAUGCAGGUCUGGGCAUCUGUGAGCUGGAGGAGAUGUUGUUGGUGUUGUGGAGAUAAAACAAAUGAAGUCAGAAGGGAAGAAAAAGAGGAAAUGUUUGAGUUGAGAGUGGAAGAGAUAAAAGAAGCAAUGAAAAUGGAAGAAAAACCAUCAAAAACUUGGAGUGUGUCCUCCCUCCCAGUUGCUGAGCUGGGAGAGCUGGACGGGGUGGAGAAACCACAGCCGCACUGGUUUCACACGCUGCAGGUGCGACGGCUCAGAGUUCAGAGGGGCCGCAGUAACAGCGAUCCUAUGGGAGGACAGAGCUUCCAGCAAGAGUUCCAGUGGAAAACUGGCCUGCAGUUUGGGAAUGCGACAUCUUAUCUGAAUCUUGAAAAACUUGGAGAGGGCACAUAUGCCACAGUGUACAAAGGAAUUAGCAGGAUAAAUGGUCAUCUUGUGGCUUUAAAGGUGAUUCACAUGAAAACUGAGGAAGGAAUUCCAUUCACAGCUAUUAGAGAAGCCUCCUUGUUAAAGGGCCUUAAACAUGCCAACAUAGUCUUGCUUCACGACAUCAUCCACACGCGAGAGUCUUUCACCUUUGUCUUUGAGUAUGUGCAAACAGAUUUGGCUCAAUACAUGAUUCAGCAUCCUGGCGGACUUCACUCGUACAACAUCAGGCUCUUCAUGUUUCAGUUGCUGCGAGGAUUGUCUUACAUUCACAGCAGAAGAAUUCUGCAUCGAGACCUCAAACCUCAAAAUUUGCUCAUCAGUUAUUUGGGGGAACUCAAAUUAGCCGAUUUUGGUCUGGCCCGAUCUAAGUCCAUACCGUGCCAAACAUACUCUGCAGAGGUCGUGACUUUAUGGUACCGGCCGCCAGAUGUUCUCAUGGGCUCCACUGAUUACUCCACAGCCCUGGACAUCUGGGGAGCCGGCUGCAUUUUUAUUGAGAUGCUACAGGGGUCACCAGCGUUUCCUGGAGUAGCUGAUGUUUUUGAGCAGCUGCUGAAGAUUUGGGCAGUGAGUCUGUUUGUGAGAAUGUACUAGAAUUGUGUGAAAUUUCUCUUCUAUCCAUUUAUUUAUCCUCCUCUCCUCCCGUUAUUCAUCUCUCCUCUUCUUUCCGAGGUCCUCGGGGUCCCGACCGAGAAGAGCUGGCCAGGUGUCAGUGAUCUGCCAAACUAUA